GCUCCUGUUUCCAGAAAUGACAUUUCAACACCAACUUCCCAGCGUUGCCAUAGUGGUAGUAGCUAUGCUGUGGCAGAACAGGAAUUGCUUCUCGAACUGACCAAGGUCAUAAGAGGGUUGUGACACUUCAGGUUCAGUGUAAUCUCAUUGGGCAACAGCAGUGGAACUUGUCUGUCCAAAAUGGUUUACGGUGAAUUUUUCCGCAGACCUGGCAAGGAUACAGAACUUAUCAAUUUGAAUGUGGGUGGCUUUAAGCAGUCAGUGGAUCAAAGCACCUUGCUCCGAUUCCCCCAUACUAGACUCGGAAAACUUCUCAAAUGCCAUUCAGAAGAGGCUAUUUUAGAACUGUGUGAUGAUUAUAGUGUUGCAGAUAAAGAAUAUUACUUUGACAGAAAUCCUUCCUUGUUCCGAUAUGUUCUGAAUUUUUACUAUACGGGCAAACUCCACGUUAUGGAAGAACUCUGUGUCUUUUCCUUCUGCCAGGAAAUAGAGUACUGGGGGAUAAAUGAGCUGUUUAUUGAUUCCUGCUGCAGCAAUCGGUACCAAGAAAGGAAAGAAGAAGGUCCUGAUAAAGACUGGGAUCAGAAGAGCAAUGACAGUAUAGACUCCUCUAAUGAAGAGUCAUCCAUAUUUGAUAAAGAGCUAGAAAAGUUUGACAAUCUGUGUUUUGGUGAAAUAAGAAGGAAGAUCUGGGUCAGAAUGGAAAAUCCUGCAUACUGCUUGUCUGCCAAGUUAAUUGCCGUGUCAUCCCUGAGUGUUGUCCUGGCAUCAAUUGUGGCCAUGUGCAUUCACAGCAUGCCAGAAUUUCACAGGGUGGAUGCCCAUGACAGGGAGAUUGAAGACCCUGUGUUGGAAGCUGUGGAGAUUACGUGCAUCAUCUGGUUUACUGGUGAACUAGUGAUCAGGCUGAUCGCCGCUCCAAGUCAAAAGAAGUUCUGGAAGAAACCACUCAAUAUUAUUGAUUUUGUCUCUAUUAUCCCAUUUUAUGCCACACUGGCUGUGGACACAAAGGAAGAAGAAAGCGAAGAUAUUGAAAACAUGGGUAAAGUGGUUCAGAUCCUGCGGCUAAUGAGGAUAUUUCGCAUCCUGAAGCUGGCCAGGCAUUCUGUAGGACUGCGGUCUUUAGGUGCCACUCUGAGACAUAGCUAUCAAGAAGUUGGACUGCUGCUUUUGUUUUUGUCUGUUGGGAUUUCUAUUUUUUCAGUGCUUGUCUACUCAGUGGAGAAAGAUGACGACUCAUCAGAACUGCAGAGCAUCCCUAUUUGCUGGUGGUGGGCAACCAUUAGCAUGACCACUGUUGGUUAUGGGGACACUUACCCAGUCACACUUGCUGGAAAGCUGCUCGGCACCCUAUGCAUUAUCUGUGGGAUACUGGUGGUAGCACUUCCAAUCACCAUCAUUUUCAAUAAGUUUUCUAAGUACUAUCAAAAGCAAAAAGCUAUUGAUACAGACCAAUGCAACAAUGAUCGCAAAGAGAAGUGUAACGACCUACCCUAUUUUAACAUUAGGGAUAUUUAUGCAAAAAAGAUGCACUCUUUCAUUUCUAGCCUUUCUUCAGUAGGAAUUGUAGUCAGUGACCAAGAUUCAACAGAUGCCUCCAGUAUCCAAGAUAUGGAGGAUGUUUAUAACCCGAUAUCUUUAGAGAAUAGUACAGGAAAAUGAGUUGAACCUUGUUCUCUUCCCUUUAUUUCUCUUCUGAUUCUUGGUAAAUGUGGACUUCAAAACUUCUGUGAAUUCAUUAAGAGCAGUCAAUUCUCAGGGUACUUAACUCUCAGCCAUAUUUGGACAUUCUUUGCUCUGAGGAUGCCAUAAAAACUUCAUUGAUUAUAUGAGGCUUUAAAAUAUGCCUCAUGUGGUGGUUUAGUUUUUACACACUAAUGUUAUGCAUUUUUGGGGAGAAAA